UAAAUUACAAGAAAUAAGCAUGUUCACGUGCUUGAUUUUCAUGUUGGGAAUAUGUCUGAAACAUUGUCUUUGCUACCAAGGAAGAAUGGAAGAAUCUAUACCAACAGGUGAAGUUAUUGAUGAUUACGUCUUUGAAGAAAAUGUACUUGAGAAAAUGAAUGAUCUCGCUAACAUCCUAAGCAAUGAAAUAGAAAAAGUGAAAAAUUUCACUCAUUUUUAUUACGGAAUGGAACACUACACUUUCGAUUCAGAAUUACUAACGAAAAUGAAGCAUCUUGUAAAUAUCCUUAAUACAGGAAUUGAAAAAGUGGAGGCUAUACGCAACUCUAUGGUUAGAAGGAAAAGAUCAGAUAACGAAAAUUCAAAAAAUCCACUUUAUGUAAAGAUAUAUAACGAAUUUAGAAGCAUUCGUGAUAUCUUGCUCGAUGCUCACACAUUAGCUAAAUGGCUAAAAACUCAUUAUGGAGAAAAGUAUUACUCAUCACGUUUGUAAUUGUGUUUUUGUUUAUUUGUAUAAUAUAUACAAAAACAUGUAAUCUUAUUUGCAUAAAUAAAUGUUUUAA